AUGAAGGGUAACAUGAUGGGUAGCAUAAAGGGUAACAUGAUGGGUAACAUGAAGGAUAACAUGAUGGGUAACAUAAAGGAUAACAUGAUGGGUAACAUGAAGGGUAACAUGAAGGAUAACAUGAUGGGUAACAUAAAGGGUAACAUGAUGGGUAACAUGAUGGGUAACGUGAUGGGUAACGUGAUGGGUAACAUGAAGGGUAACAUGAUGGGUAACAUGAAAGGUAACAUGAUGGGUAACAUGAAGGGUAACAUGAUGGGUAACAUGAUGAGUAACAUGAUGGGUAACGUGAAUGGUAACAUGAUGGGUAACAUGAAGGGUAUCAUGAAGGGUAACAUGAUGGGUAACGUGAAGGGUAACAUGAUGGGUAACAUGAAGGGUAACAUGAAGGGUAACAUGAAGGGUAACAUGAAGGGUAACAUGAUGGGUAACGUGAUGGGUAACAUGAAGGGUAACAUGAAGGGUAACAUGAUGGGCAAUAUGAUGGAACUGGAAAGUAAAUAA